AGUUGCAUUUUGAACAUCAAAACGCACGGCAAAAGUGACGUUAACAUUUAUUUGACAGUGACACUAGUGACAGUCAAUCCUAAUAUUUGAGAUUUGAGGAGUUGGAGACGAAUGAUUUCAGCAGAAUUUGGGUGAAACAUGGAGUCCAACGGGCUGGACGACAAGGAUGUAGGGCCGGAGGUGCAGAUCAGCUUCCCCGAAUCCGUGACGAGCCGCAUUGAGGAGCUCAUGGGCGGCACAGAGCAGUUCGAUAGCGAAGAGUUUGAUGCAGUAUCAUACAUCAACCGAGUGUUUCCGACGGAGCAGUCUCUGGCUGGAGUGGAUAGUGCAGCGGCGCGCUGUGAGAUGCGCCUGGCGGGAGUGGAGGCGGACAUCAGGCGCCUCGUGAGGGACCAGGCGCAGCAGCGGCAGGACGGCCAUGAGGCGCUGUUGCAAGCCCAGCAAUGUAUUGCUGACUUAGCUUUACAGGUGACAGAUAUAAACAAGAAAGCGGGCCGCAGCGAGAGCAUGGUGCGCGAAAUCACCGCCGAGAUCAAACAGCUGGACCGCGCCAAGAGCAACCUGACCGCCGCCAUCACUGCCCUCAACCACUAUCACAUGUUGUGUGGAGCUGCCACGUCGCUCCGCGCUAUGGCCUCGCAGCGGCAGUACAGUGCCUUACUGCCUCCGUUACAAGCCGUCAUGCAGGUGCUGGAGCACUUCUCGCGCUACCGCGACAUCCGCUCGCUGAGCGCGCUGCGCGACGACGUCACGGCGCUGCGCCACGCGCUCGCCGCGCAGAUCCUGGCCGACUUCAAGGAAGCUUUUACUGCCGGUAAAGCGAGUACAGUGUCCGCAAAGACUCUGAGUGAGGCGUGCGGUGUGGUGGACGCGCUCGAGCCCAAGGUCAAGCGGGAACUGCUGACAUGGUUCACCACGAUGCAGUUGCAGGAGUACGAGCACCUGUUCUCGGCGGAGCAGGAGUGCGCGCGGCUGGCGCACGUGGAGCGGCGCUACGCGUGGCUCAAGCGGCACCUGCUGGCCUUCGAGGACGGCGCCGGCCACGUGUUCCCGGCCUCGUGGCGGCUCAGUGAACGAAUCGCCGCGCAUUUCUGUGAGGUGACGAAAACCCAGCUAACGGCGCUGCUCGCGGCCCGGCGGAGCGAACUGGACGUGAAGCUGCUCCUCUACGCCAUACAGAAGACUUACGCCUUCGAGUUACUACUCCAUAAGAGGUUCCAAGAUGAUGGAGCGACGCUCCCCGACAGCGCGGAGCUGAACGUGGACCCUCAAGCCGUGUUCGACGCAGACGCCAAAGACCCCGGGACUAUGGGCGGAGCCGCGCGCCCAGGCGGCCCAUGGGUCGGCAUCAUCGGCUCCUGCUUCGAGCCGUACCUGUCCAUCUACAUCAGCAGCCUGGACUCCAACCUGGCCUCGCUCAUGGACCGGUUCAUACAGGACGCGAAGACGCCCGCGGCGCCCACCGCGCCGGCGGCGGAGGCCGGCGCCGUGCUGUCGUCCUGCGCCGACCUGUUCCUCUUCUACAAGAAGUGUCUCGUGCAGUGUGCCCACCUCACUACUGGGGAGCCCAUGCUAGAGCUGGCGGGCGUGUUCCAAAAGUACCUCCGCGAGUACGCCAGCGCCGUGCUGCGCGCCGCCGUGCCGCGCGCCGCGCCCGCCGCGCUCACGCUGGUCGCCAACCUGCACGGGCUGGCCACCAACCAGCCGGCUAGCACGCAGAGGUACAGCGCGGCGGAGAUCUCCCGCGUGACGUCCGUCAUCACCACGGCGGAGUACUGCCUCGAAACUACGGUCCAUCUGCAGCAGAAGCUGAAGGAGAAGGUGGCGCCGCGCCUGGCCGCGCGCAUCGACCUGACCGCGGAGCAGGAGCUGUUCCACGCGCUCAUCGCGGACUGCAUCGCCGCGCUGGUGGGCGAGCUGGAGGCCGCCUGCGAACCCGCUCUACAGGCGAUGGCGCGCGCGGCGUGGCUGCACGUGCAGACGGUGGGCGACGGGAGCGCGUACGUGGCGCAGCUCGUGCUGCAGCUGGCCGGCGCCGUGCCCGCGCUGCGCGACCAGCUGGCCGGCUCCAGGAAAUACUUCACGCAGUUCUGUAUAAGAUUCGCGAACUCGUUCAUACCAAAGUUCAUCCAAAACAUAUACAAAUGCAAGCCGAUCUCGACGGCGGGCGCCGAGCAGCUGCUGCUGGACACGCACAUGCUGAAGACUGCGCUGUUAGACCUGCCUUCAAUAGGUUCCGAAGUAAAGCGUCCCGCGCCCGCCACGUACACUAAGGUGGUGAUCAAGUUGAUGACCAAGGCGGAGAUGAUCCUCAAACUCGUGAUGGCGCCGCUGGAGGGGGCGGGCGGCGCCGCGGGAGGGGGGGAGGCCUUCGUGGCGCAGUUCGUGCAGUUGCUGCAGGAUGCCACGCUGCAGGACUUCCACAAGGUCCUUGACAUGAAAGGUGGUCGUCUGAGCAAGGCGCAGCUCAGCGCAUUGGACGCCUUGUUCAAACAGGCAGCGAGAAGCGAAGGAAAUUAAAAACAUUAUUUUGAACCUUAUUCCAACGAGUCCAUUAUAGUAGCCGCCUGGAGUAAAACACUCUUACGUUAGAUGCCGUUAGGGCCUCGCUAAGGCAAAUAUGGUGGAAAUAUUCUAAUAAAAUAAAAUAGUAAAAAUGUAAGAUAUAAAUUGGAUAUACAUAGUUCCUAAGUAUUAACAUUAUAGAGAUUGUUCGCACCUGAAGCCUUUUUGCUAUUUGGUUCCUAGGUUCCUACAAAAAUGAUCCAACUUGUUCGGGGCGUCUCCGGUGUCCACACUGUACUGUACUGUACUCAACUCAAGUCGGCGGGUGCCGGGGUUGUUUAACGACGUCUUUUUAUAGUUAAAAAACAAUCAAUCUCUCAGAAUAAUGAGUGUAGUAUAGACGGACCAGUCUGACUCUGCAUGAACUUGGCAAUGACAAAAUGUGGGAUGUCAUCAUUAAUUUCAAGUUUCUAUGAUAAUUUGACGUUUUUAAUGGCAUCUCCUCACUUUGGCUUAUUGAAGUCGGUGCCAAGUUAUCAUUAUUAUUUAGCAGUCUUUGCGGCUAUAUGAUGAUCGCGCUUUUGUCUUUUGCUAUCAUAGAUAGCCGUCAAUCUUUGUGUGACGCAUGAUAAGUAACCAUUAUAUCACUACUGAUAUGAGCUGGAGAUUUUAUGGUAAUGGGUUUGAAAUUAAGGGUAUUAAAUUAUCUAUGAUAAUUGCUAAGUGAUUUGAUUGUAUUAUUGCGAUAUGUAUAUUUCGGGAAUAAAGUAAAUGUAUUGAUUAAGUUUAUAAAACUUCACUCACUGGACGUCCUUACAUAUAAAUUCUAAUUCUAAUUAUACUUUCUACUAACACACCUAAUAUAAGUUAUUACUUACUUAAUAUGGAUGUAUGUGUGUCCGAAAUAAAUGCUUUCAUUUCAUUCAUAA